AUGCCUGCUCCAGCUGAAAUCCGUAGAAAGUUGGUCAUCGUCGGUGAUGGUGCCUGUGGUAAGACCUGUUUAUUGAUUGUCUUUUCCAAGGGGACUUUCCCAGAAGUAUACGUUCCUACUGUGUUCGAGAACUAUGUUGCUGACGUCGAAGUUGACGGCAGAAGAGUCGAAUUGGCAUUGUGGGAUACCGCUGGUCAAGAAGAUUACGACAGAUUGAGACCCUUGUCUUAUCCAGACUCGAACGUCAUUUUGAUCUGUUUCUCAGUGGAUUCGCCAGACUCGCUCGAGAACGUCUUGGAAAAGUGGAUUUCUGAAGUGUUGCAUUUCUGCCAGGGAGUUCCUAUCAUCUUGGUUGCUUGUAAGGCCGACUUGAGAAACGACCCUGCAACUAUCGAAACCUUGAGACAACAACAACAACAGCCAGUUUCCACUGCUGAUGGUCAAGCAGUCGCCCAAAAGAUCUCCGCUACCGAUUACUUGGAAUGUUCAGCCAGAACUGGCCAAGGUGUCAGAGAAGUGUUCGAAGCUGCCACCAAGGCUUCCUUGAGCAAGAAGGAAAGUCAGAAGAGUGGAAAGAAGAAGAAGUGUGUUGUUUUGUAA